AUGGCAUUACAAGACGUUGUUACCCGUGAAUACACCAUCAACUUACACAAGAGAGUAUGUUAUAAUGAGAGGAAUUUGUAUUUGUAUUUGUAUUGUGAAUUAAAUGAACCCAGGAAGAUCUAGUGGUAUAAAAGAAUAUUAGAGAGAAACGUACGACAACCACGGUAUUGUAUGAUUAUACGAAAUGUAUGAAAGUCGUAUGAUAUAGUGGUACAAGAUGUUCGUAACGUAGACCAAGAAUUGAAAAUAUAGAAGUAAGGUGACCAAAGACAAGAAGUGAAGAAAAAUUGAUGAACAAAGAAUAUGUACAUAGAAGAAGGGAUACGAAGAAUUUAUUGAAUAACGAGAGGUCUGGGGUUAUUUGGUUCAUAAUACGUACAUUCAGAAAGAAAGUUUGAAUUUUGAGUACUAACAAAUAUCUAGUUGCACGGUGUUCAUUUCAAGAAGAGAGCUCCAAAUGCUGUCAAGGAAAUCAAGAAGUUCGCCACUUUACACAUGGGUACCACCGAUGUUAGAUUAGAUCCUAAAUUAAACAUCCAAUUGUGGAAGAGAGGUGUCCAAGGUGUCGAAAAUAGAAUGAGAUUAAGAAUCUCUAGAAAGAGAAACGACGAAGAAAAUGCUAAGGAAAAAUUAUUUGCUUUAGUCGAACCAGUCACCGUUGCUUCUGCCAAGGGUUUACACACCGUUGUUGUUGAUGAAGAUGAAGCUUAA